CGACUUCUUUGACCAUCCAGUAUGACCUGCAAGAGAAGAAACAACGGACGUAACAAGCACGGCCGUGGCCACGUUAAGUUUGUGCGUUGCAUCAACUGCUCCAAGUGCUGCCCCAAGGAUAAGGCCAUCAAGCGUUUCACCAUCCGCAACAUGGUUGAGGCUGCUGCCGUCCGUGAUCUCCAGGAGGCUUCCAUCUACGAGGAGUACACCAUCCCCAAGCUCUACGUUAAGUUGCACUACUGCAUUUCUUGCGCUAUCCACGCCCGUGUUGUCCGUGUUCGUUCCGUCAAGGACCGUAAGAACCGCGCUCCCCCUCCCAGAUUCAGAUUCCAGAAGCCUGCCACCGCUGCCAAGGUCUAAAUUUGAAGAUGACUAAUUUCUACAGUUAAAUGAUAACCUCAAAGGAGCUGUGGACUUUCUUCUCUCUCUCUCCCUUUAUUUGUUCUAUGAUGCUUUCCUUAAAGAUCAUGUUUAAAUAAAGCUCAAAGAAAAAAUUGUGGUUGCA